AAACGGUGCAUCUGUUCUCUGAUAGAAAUGCAUCAAACCUGUCAUUAUGACACUUAAGAAUACUUGUUUGUGGAGAGGGGUCGUCCUUUCUCUUUGCCUUUUUACCUGUAAUGUUCCGCCGGCAGUAGAAACAACAGCCACAUCAAGCUCACGAUAUCAGUUUGCCCCAAGUACAUCGUGUAUGAAGCUAUAUCCCGGAAAGCACGCGCUCGGCGCCAACUUGUAUAACAAACGGCCUUGGACGUCCAAGCAUUGUCGGGACCACUGCGUGGCUGCUGGCGUCAAAUGCAUGGGGGUGGAUUUCGUCGGUCACUCAGGCCGUUGUUUUGUCCAUGAAGGAAGGUACCAACUUAUCACGGCCACUAGACUGAGUUCUGGGACGACACAUACAGACACAGUAGGCCAUUACAUGAAGUCAAAGCAAUGCAUAGAGAAGGAAUAUAAGGAUUUCGCAGGCAAGGAAGGAUACAGAUUGGUCGCAGGAUUCUGUGUGGGAAAGUCUAUCACGAUGGUGAAGUUAGGAGUGAGGGAGUGCCAGAAAAGGUGCGACGAGAUGCCAUCUUGCAUGUCAUUCGUAGUGAAGAAGGAUGUUGUCGAUGACAAAUGCAUCCUGAUGAACACGCCGUGCAAGAAUAUCCGUUCAGAGAAACACGCAUUCUCAUUCAUCGGACUUCCCGGGAAGGUAUCAGCGAAAAGGAAGAAGCAACAAGUACUACUAAAGGUAGCUGGAUACACACACAAAUUAGGCAUGUGCAUUGGUGGUCAACUGGACAAGGAGCACCUCUCUCUUAAGUCCUGCUUGGAGAAAUGCUCGGCGAUCGUGGAAUGCUUGGCCGUCAUGUGGGACGAAAGGUCCAUGGCGUGUAAACUCAAGCGCACCUCGUGUAAGCGGUUACUCGGCGGGAGUAAAACUUUACACGUUAUGGCGAAGACGGACAAAGCCAAAAACCCAGUGGUGGGGCCCGAUGGAGCUGGUUACCAAUUCGCUUCGGGAACGAGAUGCAUGGAGUUGUAUGUCAAUUACCACGGCAUGGCCUCGGUUAUCCCCGGUCGCAAGAAAUCAUGGACGUCAAAGGAAUGUCGGGACUAUUGCGAGAGGAAACCCGAAUGCUACGGUGUGGACUACGCGGGCGCGCUGCGCAUGUGCUGGCAUCAUCUCGCGCCGAUCACGUGGCGGAAGAAAGCCAAGAACGCGAGUUGGCUGAGGAAGUUUAAGACGAUUGCGCAAUAUGAGAAGAAACAAAGCUGUAUUACAAAAUAUCUAAAUGGGGUCGGCAAACGUCUCGGCUACAAAUACAGGUCAGGAUUCUGUGACAAGAUGGGCAUUGCCAUUGGCGUGCCGGCAAGUCUAUCCAUCGGCAACUGUAGUGACGCCUGCUCAAUUAUGUCAUCCUGUGAGUCAUUCUCGUAUGAUCUGGUUAAGAAAACAUGCUACCUGCUAACCACCCAAUGUCAAAAGUUGCGGCAGUCAGUGACAUUGGCAUCCUUUGAUAAGACGAAUGUACAGGCCUUCGACAGUUUUCGCCACCGCGUCGCCAAAGAUCUCGGUUACGUCUAUCAAGAUGGCUACUGUCACAUGCACGAUCUGAUGGUCUACAAACGCGUCUUGCCAUUCCAAUGUUUCAAAAUGUGUAACCUGAGUCGUGCCUGCAGUGCCCUUGACUGGAAUGAGAAAGGCAUGACGUGCCGCCUGAGGCGGGGCAUGUGCUCCCAGUGGUACCGCAACGGCAAUGAAAGAUUCACGUUUGUAAAGCAGCAUGCAGAAAGCUAGGAAGCAAAUAUAUUUCUAAAUCUGCAUGGUAUACACAUUUAAGCGAGCAUUACAUUUUGAACACUGUUUUAGCUUUUGGACCUAACCGGAAACUACCAGACACUGUCCCGUUUAACCAAAGAUGUAGACUUCUCUGAAUAAAUCUGAGGAGCCAAGUCAUGGAGACCAAAUCGA